AUGUUCAAUCACUUUUCCCCUGAAUGCACUCUUCCUUCUAAUGAAACAUAUAGCGGCUUUGUCUCUGGACCAAACGCUAGGUCAACCCUCAAUAUCGUCUGGAGCUGCAUUAGUAUCAUUAUUUUGUCAACAUGGUCUAUCCUGCAUCUCGAUGUCCCCGCGCAUGUCACUCCUACAAAGAAAAGGGAAAAAUUCUGCCGCGCUGUAUAUCUUCUCUGGCGGAAGAUUUUUUGGAUGGGCCUGAAACUUUUUUCCCCGGAAUUUGCAGCUACCGGUUGCGCCAGAAAGAUUUUUGCUACUCGCUCUAAUUCAGCGGAACUAGAGCGGCUUGCGCGCAUUGAUGGUGUUCCUUGGAGCUUGACGCAUACUAUCCUUGUUGAUAUGGGCGGUAUUGCUCUACGGUUCCCUGCUUCACAUAACUACACAUCAGCCAGCACAGAUACAUCAGACCUUAUAUCUGAAUCAGCAGGCGUGUCUAGAGAAACAUCAGCAUCUUACCCGGUUUCUGGAGAUCAAGUACCGGAAUUUAUUCAAAAAUUUAGCCGAAGACAAGAAUUAAUUGCAAAAUUAUGUGGAAAAAUACCAUGGAGUUUAUAUAAACCUCAUGUUCAACACGCUAUCACAAUGAAUGAAUCCUCCACAAUUUCGAAAUCGAUUCUCAAAGAUGUCGCUGCUUUAUCGGGUAAUAUCUGGAUACUGGACUCUAAGCAACUUAAAAUUGCGAGGGAGAAGAAACUUAUAACAAAAAUGCCGAAUAUUACGGAACAAGACAUCAAUGAUAAGAGCAAAUCCGACGGGUUAGUCAAGCUCAUAGCAAUCCUCCAAGUGCUGUGGCUUGUGAUCCAGCUUAUAGCCCGAGCUAUUCAAAAUCUUCCAUUUACCCAGCUGGAAAUCACAACGGUUGCGUUUGCAGCUACAGCAAUUAUUAUCUAUAGCAUUGAUUUCAUAAAACCUAAAGACCUCAACGUGCCUUUUUACGUGAGCGUUUCGAAAGAGGUCGAAUACGAACAUUUUGUUGAAAUCGCUCAAGCAGCCCCAUUCGCAUAUGUUCAGGGCAAGCGGCAGGCUGAUAUUUACUCAUUACUGAUUGGCUUCUUCUCUGCUACGUCGUUUGGAGGCGUUCACCUUUUUGCAUGGAAUAAUCAAUUUCCCACAGAAAUUGAACAGCUUCUAUGGAGAAUUUCAGCAUUGAUGACUAUUGCUUUGCCUUACAUAUACAUCUGUACCCAUCUUCCAUUUAUUGGAAAACCAGUCAAGAAGAUUAGAACAGAUACAAGGAGAGGAAUGAGAAUAGGCCUGUUUUGCAUUGCGGUGUGUUAUGUCCCCUGUCGACUAUUUCUCCUAGCUGAGAGCUUCAGGUCUCUCUACUAUUUGCCCCCUGAAGCUUUUAAAUCGACAUGGGCGGGCAACUUUCCGCACCUAGGAUAAACCAAGAAUAUGGACACUCAUUUUGGAUUACAUCAUUCGUUCUUUCGCAGCCUUUCUCUCUCUGUUUCUAUGUCACCUUCUUUCAUUUCUGAAGGGAGCUGGGUCUUAAAAACACGUCAGAAGUAACGACUUUGCUAUUUUAUAAUCACUAU